AUGGACCAGGACGUAUCCCAGAAGAAAGCCAAGACCGUGGUCUUGUACAAUGGCAGUCCCUCCGACGCGUUGAAACAGCGCAGCGAACCCGGCGGUGAUCUCUUCGCUAUCCAGGAAACGAACGGCGGGACCGUCGUGUUUGGGGGUGGAUUCCCGAUUUAUGAUGCCGAGGGAUUCUUUAUCGGAGCUGUGGGCGUUAGUGGAGGAUUGGUCGAUCAGGAUAUUGACGUUGCGAAGGCGGCCGUGGAAGGCAGUGGUGUUGGGACGACGGGGUGA